CGAAUUUGCGCCUGUGCUCGCUUUUUGCGCGCAGUACGCUCAAUUUGUCGAUACGUGGCCUCGUGCGCGACUCCUGACACAGCCACAAACGCCCCAGCUAGCUCCCGCCGCCCGCCCCGGCCUUGCACACUGGUGUGCCCUGCCAGGCGAACUCGACGCCGCAGCGCGCCGCCAGAAGCCAUGGGCCGCCGCCGCGCCAAGGCCACCAAGGUCGUCAAAAAAAAGCAGCCGACGAUGCAGACGGAGUUCAAGUGCCCCUUUUGUAAUUAUGAGAAAUGCGUCGCCGCGAAGAUGGAUUAUGAUAAGGAGACGGGGACGCUGGAGUGCCGCGUCUGCGCCGCGACGUACACGGCGACGAUCAACUACCUGAGCGAGCCCGUCGACGUUUUUUCCGAGUGGAUCGACCAGUGCGAGGCCGAGGACGAGGAGCGGGCGAAGCGCGACGCUGCUCGCGAUAGGGGCGAGGACGUCGAGGAGGACGCGCCCGCGCCGAAGCGGACGCGGAUUGAUUUCGCCGAUCCCGCGGAGGACGAGGCCGAGGUGGAUCCCAACGAUGACCCGGCGCUGCACGCGGGGCUGUGAGGUCGUAACUAGGAAUGGAUUAUUUAACUAGUGCUCGAG